AUGAUCUCGACGGCUCUGGACGUCCAGCAGCUGGUAGACUCCAGCUCCCACCUGCAGACCCUCGUCCACGCCAAGAACUCGGAGACUGCUGCCCUCGGCUGUCUGGGCAUCGCGGUCAAGUCGCCCAGCCUCGUCUCGUGCACUGAGAUGCCGUCAGGAGUCGUGGCAGGGAAUGAGAUACCUGCGGGAGUCACUGUGACGCUGGACUCCAUUGAUGUGACGCUGGGCAGAGAUCUCCUUAUGAAGACUAGACUCCCAGACGACCAUGCGUCUCCAGCCAGAAGUCUCAAGGUGUAUUGGAGGAACGGUCAGCUGGAGCCGUGCGCCGAGCUGAAGGUGAGCUCGUGGGUCCAGUCGGUGAGGUCAGCGCGAGACAGGCACGAGCAAAACGCUGAGCUCACCCACGGGGAGCGGGGUCUGUACGUGAGGACCAUCCGGCAGAUCCCGCGGGGUCAGGCGUUACUCCUGUGGUACGAGGAUGGGCUGGCCCGGGCCAUGGGCGUGCCCAUACUGACCCUGUCACACAUUCGAGGUCACCAAAGUUACGUAUGCACCGGUUGUAACACAAGAUUCACACACCCCAACACACUCAAAGCACACAUGUUCCUCCAGUGCCGUCACGUGUCACUGACGUCACCAUCGAGCACGGACACGCUGAUCCCAUUCCACCAGCUGCUCCAAACUAUCAGCAAAACACCCAGGGGGCGCCACUCUUGUGAUAAAAAAAUAGAGAUGUGCGGCAAACCGGAAGUGACUACGUUAACUACGUCAUUAUCAACGUCCCUGAAACACAUACCAAAGGCCAACACAACGGAAGACGCCUUGUCUUAUAGGUCAGCGUUCAGGGCGCUGCCCUCGACGUCACGGGAAGUCAAACGAGAACAAAGCUCAGACGAUUCUCUCAUGACGCCAGACUCGUCCACUGACCAGCACUCGGCUCUCAAUUUGUCCGUCAAAACCAGCCACAACUCGCUGUCCGCCGCCAAAGAAGAUCCCAACUUCCGCUCCUGGAACAUUUUCGCUGCUCAGCACAUGAUGGCGCCCUCCAUAGCCGUCCCGUUUGAGUACUCGUCUCUGGCGGGCUGCUACCCCAUCCCCUCCCACCUCCACCCCCUGGAGGUUCAGCUCCUCAACAGCCAGACCUCCAUGCCCAGCCACGCCUACCACGCCCUCCUCGAGUCUAGGAACAGCUGCAGCAGCGAGUUCCAGCUGACACACCUGGACGACAUGCAGGAGUGUGGUGCCCUCCCCUCCUCCAAAGCCCACACCUCCUCCAUGUCGCCCGUACGGCACCUCCGCAACAGCAACCCGUACGGGUUCGCCUUGCCGUCUGAUAAAGAACCCCUGGACCUGCUCCCCCAGGCGUACUUCGCCAACAAGUCCAAGAAAGGCCACCUCUGCCUGUGCUGCGGCAAGCUUUAUUCUAGAAAGUACGGCCUGAAGAUCCACAUGCGCACACACAACGGGUACAAACCCCUCAAGUGCAAGAUUUGUUCCCGACCUUUUGGUGACCCCAGUAAUUUAAAUAAACAUGUCCGACUCCACGCCCAGGGGGAGACACCGUACAGGUGUGAGUUUUGUGGGAAAGUGUUGGUCAGGAGGCGGGACUUGGAGCGUCACGUGAGAUCCCGGCAUCCAAUGGGAUGCGUGGAGGGGGAUGAGACCCUCCCGAUGUGUGAGUCAUCGCCGGAUUCCAGCCCGCUGACCGUGACUGCGGACAGUCCGGAGCCUGUCGUGACGUCACCGCAUGCUGACAUCAGCAAUCACAAAUUAUGACUUGUAUUCAACUUCUAACUGAACACUUUAUGACAUUAGUUAAACAAAAAUGUUUUGUAAUAUCAGCCCAGUUGUAAAUCCGCCUUGAUCUUUGUAAACCAAACAAGCUUUAAUUGUUAAUACGGGCACAAGAGCUUUAAUCUACUCGCGUACCGACAUACAAUUUGUGUCCAGUAGUACAGGCUACUAAAUGGCAUUCCCUGCAAACAUUUGGCAACAAUAUUUCUGCUGUCUGGGUGGCCAAACUCAGCUAUCUAAACCACAGGCCGGGUGGCCAAAC